AAAAAACAGCUCCGGCUGUUACUUACUGUUCUUUUGGACAAACGAGAGAUGGAGGGAGCACUUGUUCUCUUCCUUUUUGUGACAACAGUGUCUGGUUGUGGUCUUCCAAAUUACCAACCCAAUACCGGCCGUGUGGUGAAUGGGGAGGAGGCUCGUGCUUACAGUUGGCCAUGGCAGGUAUCUUUGGAAUCCUUCUUCCCCACUUGUGGCGGAACACUUAUUGCUCCCGACUGGGUUUUGACUGCUGCACACUGCAUCACAUUCCACACAUACAGAGUGAUUCUUGCAGAGCAUGAUAUGAACAAAGAAGAGGGACCAGAACAGUCGAUCAUGGUGGCAAAAAUGUUCCUCCAUCCAAAAUGGAAUGACAACUGUCCCUCCUGUGGGAAUGAUAUCGCCCUGCUUAAACUGGAAAAAACUGCCAUUUUUAACGACAAGGUUCAGCCUGCAUGCUUGCCACAGCAUGGCGCUGCUCUCACCCACAACCAGCCGUGUUACAUCACAGGCUGGGGCCGUCUCUACUCCGGUGGUCCACGGGCUACCACACUUCAGCAGGCGCUGCUUCCUGUGGUGGAGCACAGUGUCUGCAGUCAGAGUGACUGGUGGGGCAGUUCAGCUAAGACAACAAUGGUCUGUGCAGGAGGAGAGAGCAAGUCAGCGUGCCACGGUGACUCUGGAGGGCCUCUGAACUGUCAGGGAGGAGACGGCAGGUGGUACGUCGAAGGAAUUACGAGUUUUGUGGAUGGACGCGGGUGCAAUACCCCGAAAAAACCCACAGUCUUUACCCGAGUAGCCUCUUUCAUUCCUUGGAUCACUGAGACGAUGGCUGAGAACUGAGUGCUAAAGCAAAAUAACAAUAAAGUGUUCAACAGCAUCCCUGUAUUAUAUGUGGCUUGUAUUUAACUGAAAUACAUGCAUAAAAUAAGUGC